AUGGAUUUUAGCGCAGAGUCCCUAUCUCGCCCCUUUGUGGAUGCUUUCGCAUCAACCCCGCGGCUGAGAGAAGUUGGGUUGACAGUGCUGGUAGAUCACUCUGGAAAGCUGUUCACGCGCCAGAAGUGCACCAUCAAAGACAUCAUUGUCAACCAGGAGGUUCUACUUGCAACCAUCAAGGGUGCCAAUGGAAAAUCAAGGGUCUCUGCAUAUGUUUUGCAGAAGGCCCUGCUUGAGUUUUUCACGCAGUUCAAGCUAUUCCCCAUGGGGGUGUACGCUGAUAUACCAGCUGUCCAGAGCUGGGCGUUGAAGUAUGCGGUGGCGAUCAAAAAACUGGUUUCAAGGUUUCGACGUUUGCUCCGCCGGGCACCUUCGUCCAAGUAUAACAAGCUCAGUGAGAUCAAACAGAAGGCCAAAGACUGUGGCUGGUGCUCAAAAUGUGAUGAAGAGGAUGACGAUGAUAGUGAUGAAGAGGAUAACGACCCGAAGUUCACGCCCAAGUCCAAGGGUGUCCCGACCGACAUCGAAGAGUUGAGUGGAGUCAGCACAUGCUCACCUGAUUCAAGCAGCUGUGUGUCUUCCGGGGUGUCUAGCGCAGCCAGUGACAAGCUUGGGCGGGUCAUUGAACAACUCAAAAAAUUCAAGAUUGCUCAGACAGAAGCAUGCCCUGAAACCAAGUCCAGUGCUGGGAGUGCCAACAAGACAACUCAUGUUGUUUCCACCGGUGGAUCUGAUGUAAAUCCUGGAGACCAUCACCAAAAAGAACCAUGCAAUGGGGAAUCCAGAACAGAACGGAUUGCCAGGAUUUUGAAGGCUGCUAAGGAAAAACGUCUUGAGCCCCAGGCUACCAAGCCCACAGCUGAUGAUGGUGACACGACAGUUUUGAAAACCAUGGGAAAGUUCACAGUUGAGUCCAAACCGUUCGCCCUCAAGGACAAAUACGUCCCUGCCAUCACUGCAGCCCGAGCUGCUGCAGGCCAGGAUGAUGAAGAGCCUGAGGAUGAGGAGAAGCCAGUUCCUGCUGCAAAGCGCAAGACCCAGGAAUUGCAUCCUAAUGGUGAUCCAUGGGACUUUGCUGGGGUUCGCUGUGCCUACAUGAAAAACCAGAAGGCCAAGGGUCUCUCCUUCAAAGAUGCGAAAAAAUCUUGGGAUGAUUCUGAUGAAAAACGCCUCUACUUGAAAGACGUGUCAGUGAAAGAGCUGAAACGUAGGAAGUUUAUCCCAAGGGAUUGUAAGACAAACCCUUGGGCUGAUUAG